AAGCUUGGCUUCUGUCAACGUCAUCAAAGCGCGACGCGCAUCACUUGAGGACGCGUGCAAGGCGAAAGGGAAGCAUGGCUGCGCCUGAUACAGCGCUGGCUCUGGAUGGUGGGCAGGUUAAAAAGGCUUCUCAAGCCCUUCUCGCUUACAACAAGACCAAGCAGAAAAAGGCUGAGAAACGGCUGCUGAAUGAAGACUUGAGUGUUUUUCUGAUGGUCACAGUAUGGAAAAUCCCACCACGUGAACAAAUAGUCAAAAUACCACUCCCUCAUGGUAUUCUGCCUGAAACAUCUGAGGUUUGCCUGUUUAGCAAGGAUGAGCCGGGCUUAACAGCUGAGCAGACGGAGAACUUGUACAGGAAGCUCUUGAGUCAGAAUGGGGUCACAAGCGUCACCGAGGUCAUUUCUUACAAAACCCUGAAAAAAGAAUACAAGCCCUUUGAAGCAAAGCGUCGGCUUCUGGGUAGAUUUUCUCUCUUUCUGUCCGAUGACCGCAUUAGAAGGCUUUUACCAUCUCAUAUUGGGAAACACUUUUAUAAGAGUAAAAAGGUUCCUCUCUCUGUGAACAUGAAAGCAAAGAAUCUGGCCUGGGAAAUAAACAGGCUUAUUCAGGGAACCACUCUUCCAAUCACCAACAAAGGAUGCUGCUAUGCAGCACGUGUUGGACAUACUGGAAUGAGCGCAGAGGAGAUAGCGGAGAACGUUGUUGCCGUCUGGACAGUGCUUGCUGCUAAAGCUCCAAAGAUCUCUCAGAGCAUUAAAAUGCUUCACCUCAAGACCGACAAAUCUAUUGCUCUUCCCAUCUUUAACUCCAUUCAUCCAGGUGUGAAAGACGUCCAGAAGCAAACGGGUUCUAAACAGCAGAAGAAAAAUAAGGAGAAGAAACAGAAUCGGCAGAAGCAAAAUGAAGGGCUGAGUCCAGGGAAAUCCACAGAGACUCUUGAAGGCGUCCCUGUCCCUGGAAGUCUGGAAAAGGAGAAAGAGGAGAAGGACAAAAUCUCAGAUGUUGUGGAAUCGGAAGACGAUGAAGGAAUUCCACUGCUGGUUCCGAUUGAAACAGCAGCCGGCAAGCCAAAAGAUAAGGUGGCAGAGCUUAGUCCUUCUGCAGGGAAAGAGGCAGAGAUGGACCCCAAAGCCUACCUCCCUGGCAAGAGAAAACCCUCCUUGUCUUCUGUAACAGGACUGGAAACUCCUACAGGUGGGUCAAGCCCGAAGACCCUGAAACGUCUCAAAAAGGAGGCCAAGCCCCCAAAACAAGAGUUCCCGGAACAGGAGUUGGCAAAGACCCCCCUUAAGUCAAAAUGGAAGUCUUUAGUGACCCCCAAGAGGGAGAAAGCAGUCGGGUCUGCCCAGAAGGCUCCCAGAACGCCAAAACAGGCGAUUGGGAACAAGAAAUUGAAACGCUCAGUGUGAGCCGUGUUGCGUCGUAGAAUUGUGAGCUUUUUAAACAACGUUUUGCAAAGAUGUCUUGAGUUGUGUUUCAACUAAACCUUACAGUUUUGCAAAGAA